AUGGCACUGAGAUGUACAGAUAUAAUAACGACAAUCCAGAAAAUGCGUCGAAGAGGAGUGGAGUUCUUGACGAUACCGUCUAGUUAUUACGAUGAACUGGAGCAACGAUUGAGUCAUUCUAAGAUUCAUCUUGAGGAGGACAUUAAGAAAUUACGUGAACUGAAUAUUCUGGUGGAUUUCGACGAUAACGGUUAUCUACUGCAAAUAUUCACGCAACCUAUGCAAGACAGACCAACUCUUUUCUUGGAGGUCAUUCAACGAAAUAACUUCAACGGAUUCGGUGCCGGUAACUUCAAGGCAUUAUUCGAAGCAGUUGAACGAGAACAAGCCAAAAGAGGAACUUUGAUAGUCGAUGAUUUCUCGAACGGAUAUUAG